AUGAAGUUAAGGAGGGAGAAAUGAUCAUGGAUGGAGAAGAAGUUAAGGAAGGAGAAGAAAUUAGGGAUGAUGAGGAAGAAAGUAAGGAUGGAGAAGAAGAAGUUAUGGAUGGAGAAGAUGUUAAGGAAGGAGAAGAAACUAAGGAAGGCGAAGAAGUUAGGGAAAGAGAAGAAGUUUGGGAUGAAAAAGAAGUUUGA